UGUAUGCUUGUAAGAUGUUUAAAAAUCAUAUUUAGAUAGUGAAACAAUAUCUAUAGAUGUAUAGUCAUGCGGUAAACAUUUUUUGGUGGAGGAGUGGAAGAAAAACAAGUGUAAUGUAGAUGUGAUCAGUGAAAAAAAAAAAUGAUGUGUAAAUGAAAGAUAUUAUCUAGGUGGAGUGUACAUAGAAGUUUUUCCGCUAACCAGUUGCCAUUUCUUAUCUAGUUUUUUCACAAAUGCCACAACAUUUGACAUAUAUACACCAAAGCUUUCUGUAUUGAUAACUGGGAUAGCAAACAUUGGAUUUUCACAUUAAUAUGGUCUGGCCCAAUAUGUAAUGAUCUACUAUUUGUACACCGCUUCCGAAUUUGUAAAAAUGAAAGACUUGUAGCAUAGUAAGUGAUUAGGGUUGUAAUGAAAACAUGACCUUUUUCAACACAGCCUCUUAUGCAUCUUCACAUAAUAUUUGAGAGUUGCUUGAAGCUUCUCUAAUGAGAAAUAUAUCAUUCUUCUGGAGGGAGUUAAUUUCAUGAGUGAAACCAGCAAUAUGUUCUGUCUGGCCCUUUUUGUUAGUAAUAUUAGCACCAAUGUGUGAGCUCAGAUUUAAGAAUGUACUGACUUGGGUUGCCAGGUUAUGUCUCUUUAUACUGUUAAGGGAGGAAAGACAGAGAGAGAGAGUCAUUUUACUUUUGUCAUUCUUAUCAGUUAGGAUUUGUCUGCAUACAAAUUAGUUUAGUUAAAGCAGUGCAAACCCUUACUGUGGGUACUUUUGUUUUUGUUAAAAACUGGCUAUAUCUGUUCAACUCCCCUCCAGAAAUUUACAGUAUGAACCAGAUUUAAAUUGACUUUAUCAUCUUCACUGAUUGAAAACCUGUUUAAAAUUACACUUUUAUACUAGUGCAACCUUGUAUGUAGCUCAGACCAAUGCAAUGUUCCUAGGGCAGAAGUUUCAAGCUUGUCAUUCCUACAGGUCACCAGCAGGUUGUAUAAGGUCUUUCCCUCAUCCCCCACAAAGAUGCCAGAAUGGAUCUCAAAGUUGAAGCACAUUUAUUAAACACCUUUUAGCAUGAGCAAUCAUGUGCUUUCUUCUACAUUGCAGCUUUAUUUAAACACAAUAAAAUGUGUGGGUUUAAUGAAAGAUUAAUUCUAAAUCAGUCCUGAAAGCCUGGUGCAACUUCCUAUGAAAAUGUAUCAAUUUAAAACUUACCAGUUUAGUUUAUACCUGUAAAUUUACCAGUCAAAGCUAAGCCAUUAUGGUCCAAGUUAAACAAGUAUGUAUUUCUAUUCAAAGUUGCAGUAGUGUAAUAAAUAGUUUGGAACAACAUUUUUUAAUUAAACUAGUGCAACUUUGUUUAGAUUAGGCUUAUAUUAUCACAGUGCCCCAGUCCUGACACCAAAGGUACUAGCGGAGUGAGUAGCUGUAUACAUGCUGGUUUGGUCCUUGACUCUUCUGCUUUAACUGCAAAUAAAUAUGCUAACUGUACCAGUGGGUGACCUGAUAUGAUUGUGUGCUCGCUAGGAUAUAGAGUGGAAUUCAUGACUUCAGCUGUCUUGUACAUCAGUUUGUGAUAGUUGCUUUCAAAACUGAAAAUUUGUGUGAUCAAAAAUGUCUUGAAUAACUUCUGACUUGUGCUGUACCUCAAGCUGAUCUUUUUUUUUUUUUUUUUUAGUUUGCAGGUCAAAAUGUCUCAGACAGAAAAUAGUUAGGAUGAUGUAUUUUGUGAGCCUAUCUUGUCUCUAGCAUUUCAGUAUUAAAAAUGGACAAGUGUAAACACGUAGGAAGGCUGCGGCUUGCCCAAGACCAUUCCAUCCUGAACCCUCAGAAAUGGCACUGUGUGGAUUGCAAUACUACAGAAUCUGUAUGGGCAUGCCUCAGCUGUUCCCAUGUGGCAUGUGGAAGAUAUAUUGAAGAGCAUGCACUAAAGCACUUUCAGGAAAGUAGCCAUCCUGUGGCAUUGGAAGUAAAUGAGCUGUAUGUUUUCUGUUAUCUUUGUGAUGACUACGUUCUGAAUGAUAAUGCCACUGGUGACUUAAAACUGUUGCGAAGUACAUUAAAUGCAAUCAAGAGUCAAAACUAUGACUGCACUACCCGUAGCGGCCGGACUUUACGAUCCAUGGGAGCAAGUGAUGAUUCAUACCUUUCACAUGAUUGUGCCCAAGCUUUGCUUCGUAAUGAAGACCGCAUGUUCACGGCUUUGUGGCACAGGAGGCGUGCAUUAAUGGGCAAAGUAUUCAGAACAUGGUUUGAGCUAACGCCUACUGGAAAAAGGAUUUUGGAAGAAGAAAGGCAUCGGGAAGAGGCAGAGGAAAAGAGGGAUAGAGCUCGGAAGAGAAGACAAGAGCGAAAGCGUCAGAUGAAAGCAGAGAUGGAAAAAAUGCCUCCAAGAAAGAGUACUCGUUUACAAAAUAGAAGUCAAAUCUCAAGGGUACCAUCCUGCGUACAAAAAAUACAACAUGAUCUGGACUUGCCUGCAAAGCUAAAAGGAACACAUACCUCAGAUGAAGUAAAACUGAAAAAAAUCAGUGACUCCCCAAUUAAACGAAGGCCUACGGUGACUCCUGGUGUAACAGGACUGAGAAACUUGGGAAAUACGUGCUACAUGAACUCUAUUCUGCAAGUACUGAGUCAUUUACUUAUUUUUCGGCAAUGUUUUUUAAAGCUUGAUCUGAACCAAACUCAGGAGUUGCUGGCAACAGCAGUCAAUGGUAAAACAAGGUCUUCUAAGAAGUACCCUCUGGUUAUUGGCUCUGUGUUUCAUGUGAAUGAGAAUCAAGAGAAGGUGAAAGGAUCAUCUUCAAGGCAACCUAGUUUAUCCUCUGGACUAAGUGGAGGGGCAUCAAAAAGUAGAAAUAUGGAACUUAUACAGCCCAAGGAGCCAAGCUCAGAGCACAUAUCUCUUUGUCAUGAACUACAUACUCUGUUCCAAGUUAUGUGGUCUGGCAAGUGGGCACUGGUAUCUCCUUUUGCUAUGCUCCAUUCUGUAUGGAGAUUAAUCCCAGCUUUCCGAGGUUAUGCCCAACAAGAUGCUCAGGAAUUCCUCUGUGAACUUUUAGAUAAAGUACAGCAGGAACUGGAAACCACUGGGACCAGAUACCCAGCUCUCAUCCCUGCUUCUCAAAGGAAACUUAUGAAACAGGUUCUGAAUGUGGUCAAUACCAUUUUUCAUGGACAACUUUUAAGUCAGGUUACAUGUCUUGCUUGUGACAAUAAAUCAAAUACUAUAGAACCGUUCUGGGAUCUGUCACUGGAGUUUCCUGAGAGGUACCACUGUAAUGAGAAAGAAAUGGCAUCUCAGCACCCCUGUUUGCUAACAGAAAUGUUGGCCAAGUUUACAGAGACUGAAGCUUUAGAAGGAAAGAUAUAUGCGUGUGAUCAGUGCAACACAAAACGCAGAAAGUUUUCCUCCAAACCAGUAACACUCUCAGAAGCCCAGAAACAACUUAUGGUGUGUCGACUACCUCAAGUUCUAAGACUACACCUUAAACGAUUCAGGUGGUCAGGACGCAAUCAUCGAGAGAAGAUUGGUGUACAUGUUAGCUUUGAUCAGAUACUAAAUAUGGAGCCCUACUGCUGCAGAGAAUCCCUCAAGUCCCUCUUACCCGACUGCUUUAUCUAUGACUUGUCUGCUGUGGUAAUGCAUCAUGGGAAAGGAUUUGGCUCAGGGCACUAUACUGCCUACUGCUAUAACUCAGAAGGAGGAUUUUGGGUGCACUGCAAUGAUUCCAAGCUCAACAUAUGCACUAUGGGAGAAGUACGCAAGACUCAAGCUUACAUCUUGUUUUACAGCCAGCGAGUUACUCAGGCAAAUGGACACUAUAAAGUACCAUGUCCUAUCUCACCAUCUGAAAGCCAGCAGCAUACAGAAUUUGACCAUCUGAAAGAAAACAGUAGCAGCUAAUCCCAAGCCAAUAUGCCAUGUACAGUAAGAGUUUAAAUUGUCAUAAAUUUCAUAUAUUUUUAAAGAAAAUUCAAGUACAGUAUUGAUUUUUUUUACUUUGUCUUAAUCAUUGUACACUAUGUUUUACACUUUUGUACUAGCUAAAGCAAGCACUCUAAAAUUAUUAGUAUAAAUUUAUAUGGACAGUAGGUAACUUUCAAAGUACCUAAAAUUUCUAUAUAGCUAUUUUUUUAAGAAGUAAUUGCAAUUUGAAUUUAACUCUUACCUCAGGCUAUUUUUAAGUUCUGUUUUUAUAAUCUUUGAAUUGGUUUAGAAAAAAAAAUGGAUCUCAAUUUACAAUUGAUUUGUCUAAUUCUGAUUAUUUUUCUAUAUAUUUUUGUACAUUUUAUAGGAUAGUUCUUACAGUGUAUUGAUUCUUACUGUUUACAGGCAUUGGUAUAAAUUCUUAAUAGUUAACAUUUUACCAACAAAGAGAGUUUCUAGCAAAUAUCAGAUAGAAGCAAAACUGUUUAAAUUAUCAGAAUUCCCCUGCCUCCAAGAACACCCCUUCCCCAAAAAUCUCUCGUAAGUAAUAGAUAAGUUGGUCGUCACCCUUUUCCCCCGCUGGUGCCUGUGAAACAAUAUUGAAAAGAAAGAUGCCUACAAAUUCAUGAUGUCCGAUUUUAAAUUUUACUCUUAAAAGAUUUCAGAGGGAAACAAUAGUUCGUGCUUAUUUACACAACACUGUAUUUUCUGAAAAUGGGGUGGGGAGCAGAAGUUACUACGAUUUUGGCUGAAAUUAAGGGAUUGUAAAAUUAUUAAUUAGAUAUCUAAACUAUGGGGAACAAGAUUCCUUAUCUAAAAUGGUUAAUCUCGUCAGUGAAGAAACAUGAGAAAAUCUUGGUGAGAGGUCAGGUUUCU